CAGCUGACCAUUGAGACGUAAACACAGCUACGUAUUUGCAGGAGUUCAGUUAUAACAGUGCCUUAACUGUGGUCUAAACUUGGAGUAAUGGCUUCGGGCGGCGGAAUUCAGAUACCGAGCCGCCUCCCUCUCCUGCUAACCCACGAGGGUGUGCUCCUCCCGGGCUCCACCGUCAGGUUCAGCGUGGACUCUCCGCGGAACAUGCACCUGGUCAGCCAGCGGCUGUUGAAGGGAACUUCGCUGAAAAGCACCAUCAUUGGAGUGAUUCCCAACACCAGAGACCCCGAGCACGACACCGACGAGCUCCCCACGUUACACAAGAUUGGUACAGCAGGAAUAGCAGUGCAAGUAGUGGGCAGUAACUGGCCGAAGCCUCACUACACCCUCCUCAUCACCGGCUUGUGCCGCUUUAGAGUGUCAGGCCUACUAAAGGAGCGACCAUUUGUCCUGGCUGAGGUCGAGCAGCUGGAUAAACUAGAGCAGUACACCACUUCGGCAGCAGAGGUGACGGCAGAGGAUGGAGAGCUGGGGGAGCUGUCGCAGAAGUUCUACCAGGCUGCCGUACAGUUGUUAGGUAUGUUAGACAUGUCUGUCCCAGUGGUGGCCAAAUUCAGGCGCCUGUUGGACAGUCUGCCCAGGGAGACUCUACCGGACGUAGUCGCCUCAAUGAUUCGCACCUCCAACAAGGAGAAACUACAGGUGCUGGAUGCAGUGAGUCUGGAGGAGCGUUUUAAGAAGGCCCUAUCCAUGUUGACCAGGCAGAUAGAGGGACUGAAGCUGCUGCAGAAAACCAGGAAAAUGAGCCCGGAUAAUGAGAAGAGGGUUUUAUCAGUGCGUAAAGGUGGAGUAUUUCCAGGGCGACAGUUCAAUCUGGAUGAGGAGGAUGAGGGUGAGGAUGGUGACGACACAGCAGCCCUGGAGAGGAAGGUCCAUGGGGCCAACAUGCCUGAAGCUGCGUUCAGAGUUUGUCUGAAAGAACUUAAGAGACUGAAGAAGAUGCCUCAGUCCAUGCCUGAGUACGCUCUGACCAGAAACUAUUUGGACCUGAUGGUGGAGCUGCCGUGGAGUAAAAGCACCAAAGACUGCCUGGACAUCCAUGCUGCUCGUACUCUGCUGGACAACGAUCACUACGCCAUGGACAAGCUGAAGAGGCGCGUGCUAGAGUACCUCGCUGUCAGACAGCUGAAGACUUCCCUCAAGGGCCCCAUUCUGUGUUUCGUUGGGCCUCCUGGAGUUGGUAAAACCAGUGUGGGGCGCUCUAUUGCUAGAACCCUGGGCAGGGAAUUUCAUCGCAUUGCUGUGGGAGGUGUCUGUGACCAGUCUGACAUCAGAGGACACAGGCGUACAUAUGUAGGCAGCAUGCCCGGCCGGAUUAUAAACGGUUUGAAGACGGUCGGUGUCAAUAACCCCGUCUUCCUGCUGGACGAGGUGGACAAACUGGGGAAGAGUCUGCAGGGAGACCCUGCAGCUGCACUGCUGGAGGUCCUGGACCCAGAGCAGAACCACAGCUUCACAGAUCAUUACCUCAACGUGGCCUUUGACCUCUCCCAAGUGCUCUUCAUUGCCACUGCGAACACCACUGCAACCAUCCCCCCGGCGCUGCUGGACAGGAUGGAGGUGCUGCAGGUUCCAGGAUACACGCAGGAGGAGAAGGUGGAGAUAGCUCACCGUCACUUGAUCCCAAACCAGCUGGAGCAGCAUGGACUAACACCUCAACAACUGCACAUACCUCAGGAGACCACACAGGAUAUCAUCAGCAGGUACACCCGGGAGGCUGGUGUUCGCUCCCUGGAGAGGAAAAUCGGAGCGAUCUGCCGAGCUGUGGCUGUAAAAGUCGCAGAAGGCCACAGAAUCCCAAAGAUGGAGCCUUUGACUCCUGAGAAGUCUUCACAGCAAGGAGACAUUCAGGCAUCACCGCCAGAGAUGCCCAUAGUCAUCGAUCAGGUCGCCCUAAAAGACAUCCUGGGACCCCCUGUGUUUGAAAUGGAGGUCUCGGAGCGACUCACCCUUCCAGGCGUUGCGAUCGGCUUGGCCUGGACGCCACUCGGUGGGGAGAUCAUGUUUGUUGAGGCCAGUCGCACAGAGGGAGAGGGUCAGUUGACUCUGACAGGUCAACUGGGGGAUGUUAUGAAAGAAUCAGCACAUUUAGCCAUCAGCUGGCUCAGAGCAAAUGCUAAAACCUAUCAGCUGACCAACAUGGUGGGGGGUCCAAAUCCUUCAGAAGGGACAGACAUCCAUCUCCACUUCCCAGCUGGAGCCGUCACCAAGGACGGCCCCUCUGCUGGUGUUACCAUAGUAACCUGCCUGGCUUCGCUGUUUAGCGGACGAUUGGUCCGAUCAGAUGUUGCCAUGACGGGAGAGAUCACGCUGAGAGGGCUGGUGUUGCCGGUGGGCGGGAUCAAGGACAAGGUCCUGGCAGCCCACAGGGCUGGUGUAAAGCGUGUCAUCCUCCCAAAACGCAAUGAGAAGGACCUGGAGGAGCUUCCAGCCAACGUCCGGGCUAACCUCGACUUCGUCGCCGCCUCUAACCUGGACGAGGUGCUGAACGCUUCCUUUGACGGAGGGUUUCCAGGGACAACCAGCACACUCGCACAUCCUCAGCUCAGCAGCAAACUGUAACACACUGAUAAUUACAAACAAGUCCAGAGAUUUCCUUGGUCAUAAAAAAGCAUCGUCCUUUAGGUUAGGGCCCUCCUGAUGAGCAGAAACAUUUAAUAAUAAGUCCUGAUACUGAUCAUAACACUUUUAUGGUUGAUGAUUUGAAUUAAAUCGGCUUUAAUAGAGCUGUCGUUACAUCUCCUUUAGCUACACUGUUAGCAUUGCUAAAAGCAGCCAUGAUGCCAUAUUGAUUUAGAUUAAUUCUUUUGUUUUUUUUUUUGUACUUUUGUCCAUACAAACAGGUAAAAAGUGC